UGAGAGGCGGGACUUCCUCUGUCAUAGACACGUGUAUCGGGAAGUAGGAAGUAAAUACAGAGGAGGAGGCGAGCUGCCGCUGGAAAGAAGUCUGGCACCAUGCUGAAAGGCUACAGCCCUGUGACCCAGGCUCUGCUGGGGACCCUGUUCACCUGGGCUCUGACUGCUGCUGGAGCUGCCCUGGUGUUUGUCUUCUCCAGCCGACAGAAGCGCAUCUUGGAUGGAAGUUUAGGCUUUGCAGCUGGGGUGAUGCUGGCUGCUUCCUAUUGGUCACUGCUGGCCCCGGCAAUCAACAUGGCCGAGGAAUCCGGGAAGUACGGCUCAUUCGCUUUCUUGCCUGUGGCUGUGGGCUUCACACUCGGAGCGGCCUUCGUUUACUUCGCCGACCUGGCCAUGCCCCUGCUGGGCGUAGGGGCGGACCCCCACAUCGCGCUGGCCCUCCCCCCCCAAUCCAAGCUGGACAAAGAGAGAGCGGACGAGCCGUCGUUCCAGCUGCUGGACUCUGAUGAGAUGACCAUCCGGAUAGGUAGAGCUGCACCUCUCUCAGAUAAAAUCGAUAACGGUGACGUGUACCAGCGGAGGAGAGGACCUCAUUCGGCCGCCUCAGAUGGACAGGAAACGGGAAGUAGACAACAGGAAGGCGUCGGCCAGGCGACUAGCAGCUGGCGACGAAUCGUUCUCCUCAUCCUCGCCAUCACCAUCCACAACAUCCCAGAGGGUUUGGCGGUGGGGGUUGGAUUCGGAGCCAUUGGAAAGACUUCAUCGGCUACCUUUGAAAGCGCCAGAAACUUGGCCAUCGGUAUCGGCAUCCAGAAUUUCCCAGAAGGCCUAGCGGUGAGCCUUCCGCUGCGGGGUGCGGGGAUGUCGACAUGGAGAGCCUUCUGGUACGGCCAGAUGAGCGGCAUGGUGGAGCCCAUCGCCGGGUUGCUAGGCGCCGUCGCCGUCGUGCUGGCAGAGCCGCUCCUGCCAUACGCGCUGGCGUUCGCCGCCGGGGCCAUGGUGUACGUGGUGGUUGAUGACAUCAUCCCCGAGGCCCAGCUCAGUGGCAACGGGAAGCUGGCAUCCUGGACGUCCAUCCUGGGCUUCGUAGUGAUGAUGUCACUGGACGUCGGGCUGGGCUGACCUCGCGGUGACGUCGUCGCUGUGCUGCUGAUAAUUACUUUUUAAAAAGGGGCUAAAGUGUUUUAUUGUGAAACACUAUCCGGUUAGUUUGAAUUGUUGCUACUUGAAAUGAAGACAGAAACAUGUCGUUUAGCAAAGCAGAGGAGGAGUCUACUUGAAACAUUAAUCAUUUUUAUUUUCUUUUUCAUAUCCAAUUUAGGAAUGAAUGUAUGACUAUUUAAUGAAAAUCCUCUUGGUUCCAAAGUUUGAGAAUACGGCUUUUCAUUUGAAAACAUUCCCAGUCAUGAACGUGAAAUAAUUAUUUCUUCCAGCUUUUUGCAUUCAUGAUGGCGAUACGUGAUGUGUGGUUAAUUUGGUGAAUUAUGGGAUUGCUAACAAAUGAUUUGAUUUUCUCCUUGUGAUUCUUUUGUGUUUGUGUGUCUACACAAUUUGAGUUUCAUUAGGAUUACAGUAACUCGUUUACUUGUUGAUAGUUCAUUAUCCUCUUUGAAAACGCAGUGCCUUCUUCUUGCAAUAAUCUACUGCCCCCCACUGGCCAGUGUGAGGAGGCACAUGUUGUGGUUCAUGUCUAAUUAUUUAAAAGCUGAAUAACAUAAGAAGUUUCUACACAAUUAAACACAGUGAUUCUCUCUUGUGUCUCUCUUGUUGGUGCAUGCAGCAUCGUAGUCACAUGCUGAGGUUCGCAGCAAAACAAAACAACAGAACUACUGUGUGUUUGGAAUCCGACG